GCUGCUCCUCUCUGGGAUCCAAAGCACGGGCUCGGUGUCCCACAGGAGAGUGAUUGCAGAGCGAGAGAGAUGGCGGGAAGCGAGGUGGUGCUGCUGGACUUCUGGGCGAGUCCCUUUGGGAUGAGGGCGAGGAUAGCACUGGCGGAGAAGGAGGUGGAGUAUGAGUAUAGGGAAGAAAAUCUGGCCAACAAGACCGAGUUCCUGUUGCGCAUGAACCCCAUCCACAAGAAGAUCCCCGUCCUCGUUCACAAGGGCAGGCCCGUCUGCGAGUCCCUCAUCAUCCUCGAGUAUGUGGAUGAGGCGUGGAAGAAGUCGCCGCUGCUCCCUGCCGACCCUUAUGACAAAGCCACCGCCAGAUUCUGGGCGAACUUCGUCGAUGCCAAGGUAUAUGAUUGUGGAUCGAGGCUGUGGAAGCUCAAGGGAGAAGCGCUUGAGGCAACCAAGAAGGAGUUCAUAGAUAUCCUAAAGCUGCUAGAAGGGGCUCUUGGGGACAAACACUUCUUUGGUGGCGACCACUUUGGUUUCGUAGACGUUGCUUUCAUCCCCUUCGCUUCUUGGUUCCUCGUCUACGAGAGCCAUGGCAACUUCAAGGUGGAGGAAGUCAGCCCCAAACUUGGGGCAUGGGUGAAGAGGUGCAGGGAGAGGGAGAGCGUGUCGAAGUCACUCCCUGACCCUCACAAGGUCCUUGAGUUCGUAAACGUCGUCCUGAAGAAGAAGUACGGGAUUGAGUAGGCUGAUCACUGAUGUAUUGACUAGGCCGACGUUUCUGCUUGGAAGAAUUAAGUAGAUGAAUAAGAGCAUAUGGUCCGUCACCUGUCAUUACUAUCCUUCCUCUUCAAGUAUCUGUUUCUUUGUGUGAUUUCUUUGUGGAGUCUCCCUCUCACUUCGGUACUUUCCUAUGGCUGUAUUCCCUUAACCUCUGGUUAGGGGUUUUUAGUAAUGUUGAGUACUUGAGUUAAUGUC